AGAUCCCUUGGUUUUAGCAUUUCUUUGAUAGACAUGCUGCCAAGUCGCCUCUGCGAAGCUGUUGGCAAUGUUUUUAAACUGCUGGACAAAGAGGAGGACAUCUCCCUCAGUCUUCUUCCUCAAAGGAUCUCUUGUCAAGGUUGUGCCUACCUCUUUUCAAAUGUGAAAAAGCUUCAAACAUUGAGAGUAAAUGAAGUAGCAACUGCAAAGCUGGCAAGACUGGUUAUAUCAGAUAAAGAAAUAAAUGCUGUAACUGUGGAAGAGCUGUCAUUGGUUUUGGAUAACUCUCACCUACCAGAGAGAGCACUAUGCCAGCUAUUAAGUAAGCUAACUUCCCUUCUUAGAGUCUGGAGAGUCCACAACUUGAACCUGUCUGAAUUUAAAAUUGAGCCUCACUGGCUCAUUUGUCUGCUGUGUCAUCAGGGUCCCUUGUCCAUUAAAUUUCCUGAAGGGACUCUGCAACGACUGGCAGAAAUUGUGUAUGAUGCUCAAGAUGAAAAUUUGACACAGUUGUUCCUGGAGAAAACGGAUGGUGAUUUAUCACCUUAUAAUUUUUCCUGGGAGGUUUUAUCUUACCUAAUUCAGGGCACCAAAAAGCAAGUGACACUAGACCUUGCAGAGGGUAGAUUUAGUGUCUUGAAAGUUCCGAGCCUUCUUGCUUUACUGGACACAGUGUGCUUUAAAAGGAUAAGCCCGCGGUUUGUCAGGGCUGCAUUAAAGGAGAUAUACCAAAACCAUGCUGGUCAUCUGAUUGUGAAAUUAGUUAAAUCUUCAGCUAACCUGAUUAACCUUUGCAUGAGAGAGCUGGAUUCAACUGACUGCAAAGCCCUCUGUUUUGCCCUGCACUAUAGUGAUGGUGUUAAGCUCAACCUGUUGAACUCUGUCAUACCAAAUAAUGAGACUGACAGCAUCGUCAAACUUCUGCACAGAGUAUCUGAUCUGAGGGUUGAUAGAAAGCUGUUGUUGAACUUUCUUCAUGCCUCUAAGAACAUGGAAAAACAAGGAUAUUCGGCGUCUUCCCUUUUGACUGCACUGAACCACAAACUGGACUUCUCCUGCAAUUCUUCCCUCAGCAGUGGCCGUUCUGGUCAGGAGAAUAGGGAUCUUCUAACUAUGAGUCGUAUGGAUUUUACAGCCAUUUCUUCUGCCAUUAAAACAUCAACGUGCGAUACAGAAUUGAUUUUAUACGACUGCCAAGCAGAUGAUUCUGCACUUGAGAUUCUAUUCCCUAUUCUGCACAAAGUGCAUCUUCACUUGGGCAAAAGUCUUCUUUGUCAGGUUUUAACCUUGAUUUCCAAUGCCCCCAUGGCCAUGUCUUUGCAAUGGGCAUCGUCACUUUCCAAAGCUCUUGGAAAAGAGCUGAACCUCAGUGACGUUCCUCUUAACUAUCGUACAUGUGAGUCUCUGCAGUUAGUCCUGGAUGACAAAGAGGAGCUCACACAUCUUAAUCUCAGCUAUUGUCAGAUCACAGAUGCGUGCUUGGAUCUUUUGCUGCCUCACCUCCACAAAAUUAUGAUUUUAGAUCUUACUGGAAAUGACAUAACUGAUAAAGGUGUUCUGAGACUGCACCAAGCCUUAGAUGAAAACAGUUUCACAAAGACCAUAUGCAUUUGUGACAACCAAGUAACAGAGAUGGGCCUCCUGGUGGAAGAAGCACGCUUUGAAACCCAACAGGCUGAUACAAGAAGAUGCAUCCACACACAGAAUUACAUUACAAAAGAUUUGAGAUCAAAAAGUGAGAUGGAAAAAUCAAUCAGUUCUUUUGUUAAGACAGAAGAUCUCAUAAAGACGUUUGAGCCUGAACUAGCAGUAAAUAAUGGCAAGAUUUCCUAUAGGUUUCAGUGGAAAACAGAAGGCCUUUUCAUGUGCAGCGCAACAGGGCUAGUGUUCGGCUUGAAAGGAAGUGGAUGUGUAGAGUACAGUGUGGCUCACUGGGAUGUGCGUCUCCUCAUCAACACUCACUAUGAGCCUGCUGGACCUCUGUUCGAUAUCAAAACCCCUACAGGAGAAAUCUAUGAACUCCACCUUCCACACUGUGAGACACACGUUGAUGCAAUUGGAAGUCUUUCUGUUGUCCAUAUACACAACGAGGACACUUGGGAAUUCCUCUCUCCAAAUAAAAUUUCAAGAACGCAUAUAGCUGUAAAUGUCUGUAGGUUAUCUAGGUACGGCAUUGUGCAUGAGAAUAAUCAAAAUAACAAAAUCAUCAAUGGCCAGGUGUUGCUGUUCCAAGAACCUGACAUGUCACUGACACAGCAAAGGCUAUGGGUUUUUCUUUUGCCAAGCAAUGUCCCACUCUCCGAGAUUAAAGAACAGCAACAACAGUAUGUGUUCAUUCAAACCAGCUCUGACUGCAAACUACAGAUAAAUGCAAAGUACACUCUGAUCUAAAAAAAAGCCAAAAGAGUCCAACCGAAGGAAAAAAUAUUUGAACCCUUGCACGCUGGUAAUCACCAUCCUACAUUUGAAGUCUUCUUGGAUAAAGAUGUGACUGAACUGCGAAUUAAAAUUCAACUUAAAAUAAAGGAAAGUGAUACGAUUAACUUCAAAAAUGCAUGGAAGCGUUGGAUAAUUCUCAAGAAAAACACAGAUAAUCAUGCACAAAUGAGAUUUGAAGAACAUUCUAACAUUCAAGUAAACUGUAAAACCUGGAUAUCUGCUCUUGGUGAAAUCAUGAAGGAUCUUAAAAGUGAGGAGUUCAAGAAACUGAAGCAUUUAAUGACGCACACUGGGAAAAGACAUCCCAUUUGUUCAAUGAGACUUGAAGAAACAAAAGACCGGUGUGAGUUGGUGACUUUGGUUCUUAAGACAUGGGGAUUCAAAGAAUCAGUGAAAGCCAUACAUGAGUUCAUGAAGGAGCUGCCUCGCAAUGAUGAAUCUGUGACAGACCGACUAAAGCCAUAUGUGACACUGUUUGGCCUUGAGGGUUAGAGAAUAUCACAGACUUUUCAAUCAUUUUGUAGACAGAUCUCAGUGUAAAAACACUUUUUAUUAGCCUAACGCUCAACAACAGAUUACCUCAGUGUGGCAAUAUUUCAAGCCUUGAAUAACUGUUGAUUGUACUUCAACUGUAAAUUCUAACCUGUGUAUGUGGCUUUGUAAUUGAUUUUGUAAAUGAAUUGUAAAGAUGUUCAGGUUACUUAGGCUAUAUGUUCAUAUACUGGAUUUAUUUAGCUGAUGCUUUAAUCCAGAGUUAAUUAAAAAAUUAAGUAGACAGCAACAUGAGAAGUGCUGCAAUUAUGUGUACUGUAAUUAUGACAA